UUCCCCAACCCUGCAGUGCCAGAGAUGAUAGAAACAGAAGUCCUUCAUAAUCUAGCUACUGGUAAGGCUUUUUGAAACAGAGCUCAAAAGUACCCCGUUCUGGCGUAACCAUGGCAACAGCCUCCUGUGCUGUCAAGAUGGCGGACGAAGAAAACACACUAACUCUCCCAGUGGCCUCUGAGACGAAGAAACGCCAAGCUCCAAAAGCUCCGGAACUUCCCAUUCUGGAGAGGAGGAACUGGCUCAUCCACCUGCACUACAUCCGCAAAGACUAUGAGAUCUGCAAGGCAAUGAUCAAAGAGCAGCUACAGGAGACCCAGGGAAUGUGUGAAUAUGCCAUAUACGUACAAGCUCUAAUCUUGCGUCUGGAGGGGCAGAUCCAGCCAUCCCUGGAGCUGUUCCAGAGUUGUGCCAUCCUCAAUCCCACCAGCCCUGACAACCUCAAACAAGUGGCCCGAUCGCUUUUUCUGUUGGGGAAACACAAGGCAGCCAUUGAGGUUUAUCAUGAAGCUGGGAAGCUCAAUGAGAAAGACUGGGAGAUCAACCAUAAUCUGGGUGUAUGCUAUUCCUUCAUAAAAGACUUCCAAAAUUCUGAACAGCAGUUGAAUGCAGCCCUGCAGUUGAAAAAACACGACAGGACAUUCAUGACACUGGGAAAGGUCCACUUGUUGGCGGGAGACACGGACAAAGCCAUCGAAGUGUACAAGAGUGCAGUGGAGUUCUCUCCAGAGAAUGCAGAGUUGCUGACCACUCUGGGGCUCCUGUAUCUGCAGUUGGGAAAAUACCAAAAAGCAUUUGAACAUCUCGGGAAUGCACUUACUCAUGACCCUAAUAACUAUAAGGCCAUCCUGGCAGCAGGCAGUAUGAUGCAGACCCAUGGGGACUUUGAUGUGGCCAUGAACAAGUACCGCGUGGCAGCGUGCAUGGUCCCCGAGAGCCCUCCGCUCUGGAACAACAUUGGCAUGUGCUUCUUUGGCAAGAAGAAAUAUGUAGCAGCCAUCAGCUGCCUGAAGCGGGCCCACUACCUGUCUCCGUUUGACUGGAAGGUACUGUACAACCUGGGCCUGGUGCACCUCACCAUGCAGCAGUAUGCCUCUGCCUUCCACUUCCUCAGCGCUGCCACCAACCUGCAGCCCCACCUGGGAGAACUCUACAUGCUACUAGCAGUUGCACUGACCAAUCUGGAGGACGUGGACAAUGCCAGGAGAUCCUAUGAACAAGCUGUGGCUUUAGACCAGUCCAACCCUCUGGUCAACCUGAACUUUGCCAUUCUGCUGUACAACCACGGGGACAAGAAGGGAGCCCUGCAACAGUACCAGGAGAUGGAAAGGAAAGUCAACAUACUGAAGGACAGCAACACUGAGUUUGACCCGGAGCUAAUGGACAUGGCUCAGAAGAUGGCCACUGCCUUGCAGGUGGGAGAGAGCCUGGAGUGGACCAAGCCGGUCAAAGACUCCAAGUUUAAGCAGCGCUCGGCUGGGGCCCCCAGUAAAACCCCUGGCAGCUCCCAGCAGCCCCUAGGCACCAACCAGGCCCUGGAGCAGGCCAUGUCCUCCGCCGCAGGCUACAACAAAAGCAUCUCACUCCCCACAGGAGUGUCCCCCCACAGCCAGCCCAUGCCCCCCUCCCUGGCCUUGGAGGAGCCUGAUGUGGAGACCACCGCCACCCGAGCCCCUCAGCCAGAAGAGUCAGACCCCUCCACCACCAUGCCCCCUCUGGCAGCCAAACCCAAAGUCAAGAAGAACAAGUUGAAGCAAGAGCUGAACUAGACUAGACGUCCCGUAUCUAGUCCACAGGCCGGUAGUGUAUCAUCACUCCCAGAAUGUCACUCAGCUUAUCUAGUCCAUAGGCCUGUAGUGUAUCAUCACUCCCAGAAUGUCACUCAGCUUAUCUAGUCCACAGGCCUGUAGUGUAUCAUCACUCCCAGAAUGUCACUCAGCUUAUCUAGUCCACAGGCCUGUAGUGUAUCAUCACUCCCAGAAUGUCACUCAGCUUAUCUAGUCCACAGGCCUGUAGUGUAUCAUCACUCCCAGAAUGUCACUCAGCUUAUCUAGUCCAUAGGCCUGUAGUGUAUCAUCACUCCCAGAAUGUCACUCAGCUUAUCUAGUCCAUAGGCCUGUAGUGUAUCAUCACUCCCAGAAUGUCACUCAGCUUAUCUAGUCCACAGGCCUGUAGUGUAUCAUCACUCCCAGAAUGUCACUCGGUCUCUAUCAGUUUUAGUUUUCAUCAAGAAUAGUUAGUCGAAGGCCACAAGGCGUUCACUAGCUUUUUGAUUUAGCUUGCUACAAAGUGCUUUAUGUUGCUCUUUCUUAAUGGUCUUACUAACCAAGGUGAGCCAGCCUAAUGACAGAGGUGUCAUAAUGAGUUGACUUCCUGAUCAUCAAAGGCCUUGACAUGAUCUCUUUUCAGUAGUUUCAGAUACUUCCUCUGUUCAACGUUCUCUAUCGGCCGUGUCAAAUGCAGCAUAUGAUUAUUUUUUUUUUACUUAGCCUUGGUCAGUGGCAGGUCUGGAUUAUUGUUUAUAAUGACACUAAAUAUACAUUCCUCCAUUUUAAGUAACCUCUAAGAUAUGACAAUCAUGAAUGAGAUGAGGGAAAUAAAGAUUGUAGUGUUUUAUACCUAAUAUAUGGAUUUAUCAUGGGCCUUUUUUUAAAACUAUUGUUGAAUUUUAAGAUGUUUAGAAAUUAUGUUUGACAGAAUAGAUGUGUAUUUAUUGUUGCAAAAUCCAAAGUGCCGUGAAGGUGAUUGAUAGUGUUCUGUUCUUUAUUUUAGUCAGAGUAGUGUUAGGCUAAAUGCGACAAGGUUGGUUGGGUAAACCAUGCUAACGUGAUGAGUAGCCUUGUCUGAGACUAAAGAUUUGACUUAGCUCAGCGGCUAACAGUUGUGACACGCAGAAGACUCAUUUGUGUAAGUGUGUGUGAACAUGUAUGUAAUAUACAGGUAACUGACUAAAUAAACGAUACAUCAAAUUAAA